AUGGCCAACUCUACAGAUCCAAGCAGUCCCACGCGACUUGAGUUUGACGAAAAGGGGCAGAAACAGAGCAUGUGGCAUAGACUGGGAUUCCGACGAUGGCUGGGCCACGAUCGGGAUACUCAGGACACUCAGGACGAGAACAUUCCGAACAGUCACAACUCACUCACAGACCGGAACAAGCAGGAUAAACUCACACGUCGGCUCUCUCGUCGAGUCGGUGUUGGCCUGCCACGACCUACCACAUUUAAACGUCAGCUUUCCGAAAAUCGUGAGCGGUUGGCUCCCUUACAAUCUGACCACCGUCGAGCCGUAUCCGUUGACCGUCGACCACAGCUUAGCCUGGCCCAACGACUCAGGUCCCCACCACCAGUGGGCCCGCGUCAAUCUGCACCCGAGGUCCAGUGGCUCGGCCCGCCUGAUAUUGCUGCCAACACUGCCAAAGAUGAUGAGAGCCUUUCCUUUCUAGAAAACGAAGACGUGAUAGAUAGUACCCCUGAGGAAGAGGUACCGGUACCUGAACAGAAAGUCUCACCAGACACUCUCGAGAUGGAGCUGCAGCAUCGAUGGAUUCUAAAUCUGAGUAUGCACUUUCGGGAUCGAUCGGCGCGCGAGAAGUUUUUCGUCACUUACGCACAGAAUCCAACACAAUGGCGUCGCGUUACAAUUUCUUGUGAUUAUCGAGAUGCGCAGCCGGACUCGCUCGAACACGAUCUGAAGGAAAUGCGGUAUCAGCGAGACAAAUGCGCGCGAAUCUACGAGGCUAUCCGAGAAUCACUACCCGAAAUCCAAUUCUACGAUACCGUCACGAACCUCAAAGUCGAAACGCGUGACGGCCGUCUACAUGUGCAUGUGACAGAAGAUGUGAACGAAACAAUUCCUUAUCCUCCGAUCUCGAGUAUUCGCCAUUUAAACGCUCGAUGCGUCUCGGAAAACUCUCUUCAUCUCGAUUCUCAUCUAUCGGGGUUCGUGUACAAAGUGAGCAUUGGUGGACGUCCAUACAUCAAGAAGGAGAUUCCCGGGCCAGACACUGUUGAUGAGUUUCUGUAUGAGAUCAAUGCUUUACACGCGCUUAUUGGCGCACCGAACGUGAUUCGGGUGGAAGGAAUUGUGGUCGAUGAGCGACAGGAGAAAGUCAAGGGGCUUCUGAUCGACUACGCCGACCAGGGCGCCUUGGUUGAUAUACUGUACGAGGAACGCGGGGAGAUCUCGUUCGCCAGACGGGAACGAUGGGCUUUCCACAUUGUCCGAGGACUCUGCGAGAUCCAUGAGGCAGGCUACGUCCAGGGGGAUUUUACUCUAGCCAACAUUGUGAUCAAUGCAGACGAUAAUGCUCACAUAAUUGACAUCAAUCGCAGGGGGUGCCCAGUUGGAUGGGAGCCACCAGAGAUUGCAGCGAAGAUCGAGAGCAAUCAGCGAAUCUCCAUGUACAUUGGCGUCAAAACGGAUCUAUACCAGCUUGGUAUGACCCUGUGGGCACUGGCCAUGGGGGAAGAUGAACCAGAACGACAACCUCGCCCUUUGAUGUUCCCCGUCCACUCCUAUGUACCCGAAUAUUAUCGCCGGGUGGUUGACAUCUGUCUCAGCCCAAAUCCACGACGCAGAAUGUCUGCCAGAGACUUGCUUAUGCUGUUCCCGCAAUAUCUCUCAUUUUCCACACACCGGCCUCAACAUUUGCCCGACCAUCCAUUGAUCCCUCUCGUCACAAAAGGGAACGAUUCUAUUCCUGAACAGAUCUUUUUAAGACAUCACGAUGAAACCAAAGAAUCCACCCCCACUCUUGCCGGCUCAAAUAGAGAGGCCAAAUUCCUUUCUCGGCCUUCAUCAGCAUCCACUUUAAACCAACAUGAAAGUGACUCUAGGAUUGAAGAAUUAAGCGUUCGGGGCCUACAAAAUCUCGAACCCGGAUCCGAGCUAUCUACAGAGAGUACAGGACCACAAACCGUGUCCGAUUGGAUAAACAACGAUGGAUCAAGGCCAGGACCUCUGACAAUAGAUGAACGUGUGCCUCCGCCAAGUGAACCAGCUGUUAUCGAGCCCUCCUAUUCAGCAGAGUCCCUUUUUCUUUCAACCCUUCCCAUCAAUCCUUCUCUACAGGCUCAGCGCUAUUCAUUGACAAAUGCAAUGGAUACACUGCCUCAAGCCACCCCUUCCGCACCAGUCACAUUCGAUUGCGGACCCAUUGGGCAUCCCUCGGAGUCCAAACUACCUAUCAACCCCGCCAUUCCUUUGUAUCCCACCAACUUCGACCCCGCCAGUCCUGUCAUUGAAUGUCCCUUGCCGAAACUGCCCACCCUUUCCGAUUCCUGUCUCCCCAUCAACCCAGCCUGUAGAGAGGGACCUACGCAUCUUUCAUGA